AUGUCCGCAACAGCCCACGAACUCAUCGGCAAGCCCGCGCCGACCUUCACCCUCCCAAACCAGGACGGGGUGGACUACACCCUCCACCCAGGGCAGGGAAAGCCCAUCGCUCUCUUCUUCUACCCCAAGUCCGGCACGUACGGCUGCACACGCGAAGCCUGCGCGUUCAGGGACAGCCAGAAGCUCGAGGUGUACCAGAGCACCCAGGUCGAGGUCGUCGGUGUUAGCGCGGACGAUGUCAAGGCGCAGAAGAAGUUUGUGGAUGACCAUCAGCUGGGGUACAAUAUUCUCAGUGACAAGGAUCGGAAAGUUAGGGAGCUGUAUAAGGUGCCGAAGGGACUGUUGGGCUUGAGUGACGGUAUGUGUCGCACCACGUUCGUCAUCGACAAGACUGGCAACGUCCGGGACGUAUGCGACGGCGUGAUGAACUACUCAGGACACGUCAAAUUCGUCGAGAAGUGGCUCACCACUUUCUCCCAAGAGGACAAGCCCGCCGAAUCGUCUUGA